AUGAAUUUAAUGGGACUAUGGGAUGGGAAGAAUUUUUCCAUAUCUAAAGAAUUUAGUCGAACUACGAAGAUCAGACGAAGAUUAGAUUUUUAUGGAUCAGAAAUAUAUGGUGCUGUUUCUAUUGUUAGUAUUCAUUCGGGUUAUACCGUGAUGGAUAUGCUUCAGAAGCGUAUUGAUACUACAACAGCUGGUUCGGCAUUUCAGUAUUCAAUCUUACAAACCAUCGUUGAUCGCAUAAAUGCAACACUAGUACUACGGAGGAUUUCUACCUGGAGCCAGUUCUCACGGUUACCUAACGAAUCCCUGAGUGGUACUAUUGGGUUGCUCAACAGUUCCCUUGCAGACGUAAGUGUAACACCACUGAGCAUUACUGCUGAUCGGUUACCCUAUGCCACUCCGACUGCAACAACUUGGAGAGCCCAGUUUGGUUUCGUAUUUCGGCAUCCAAAAUCUACGUCAUUGCGUGCUAUUUAUUUACAACCAUUUACUAAUAUUCUGUGGAUAGCUACACUGAUUAUACUAGUACUAUAUUGGAUGGUUUUUAUCGUUGCUCUAAGAUAUUAUAAUGAUCCUGAGGGCGCACCUGGAUCUGCUUUUCUUGGCAUUUUUGGAGCUUUCCUUCAGCAAGGUUACUCCGAAAAGCUCCUACCUUUUUCAGGACGAAUACUUCUGGUUUUUGGAUUCAUUUUCUCUCUUGUAUGUUAUCAAUUUUACUCCACUUUCAUUGUAGGAUCUCUCAUUGUUGAUUCGCCAAAAAAUAUUCGAACAAUACAUGAUUUGGCUGCUAGCAAACUCUUAAUUGGUGCAAAUCCUGUGCCAUACAACGAUUACCUUUUUAAUUCAACGAGCAAAAUUCUCAGUUCUCUUUAUGCUGAUCGCAUAAAGAAACCCGGGAACUUUUUUCCUCCUGACAUUGGUAUUCAAAUGAUUCAGAAGGGUGGAUUUGCAUACCAUUUCGAUGUGGAGACGAUGUAUGAGACUAUUGUUCAAAACUUUUCUGAAGAUGAAAUAUGUGAUUUACAAGAAAUCAUAUCUUGGAAAGCUUUAGAAGCAAGUGCAGUCGUUGGAAAAAAUUCACCAUACCGAGAAUUAAUUAACGUGUUAACUCGUCAGUUAACCGAGAGCGGGGUCAUCCAACAUGAACAUACAAAAUGGUUUACACUAUGCCCUAAGUGCUAUACAUCACGUGUGACUGUAGUACCCGUGGACAUUGAAAAAGUCUUCACUCCUAUGAUGAUAAUUUCUGUUGGAUUAGUGGUUAGUGUUAUAAUUCUAACAAUUGAAAUUUAUAUCAAGAAAAGACAAACAAAAAUGAUAGUAAAGAAUGUUAAGCAACUUCUUUAUAGAAAAUAA